ACUCACUUCAUCGAUAUAUCAAAGGCAAGAAUACAAUUUCCAAUUUGUAAAAUAAAUUCUUCCUCCGCCACCACCGGAAAAUGGUACCUCCGCCUUUCAUUCUCUUGUUUGUAACCUUUUUAAUUCGAAUUUCCUCUUCCUCCGCCUUAGUUGUAAAACCACAACCGCCACUACGACACCAAUCCCGCUUCACUAAACACAAUUGUCAUAUCAAAAAUUAUACAUCAGGUUCAUACCAACAGUACUUUGAAAUAACACAUCCUCUGCCAUUUGAUAAUUUGAUACCAUCAUGUACACUUCCAGUCUUCUCCUACGACGUACACUUCAUCGGCCCUCUGCCGCCGAUAAACGUGGAGUAUUUCCCGCCGGCGAACUGCACUUGGACCAACGUGACCCUCCACCUCAUUGUUGCCUCCAAUAUUUCCCGAUAUGACCCAAUUGUGGGCGUGUGGCUUGACGGCGCUGAGAUCCUUCGCAGCAGCACCGCCGAGUCCACCGCAGGAGAUGGCAUCUUCUGGGAAGUUCGAAAGGACAUUACCAGGUAUACCUCGAUCCUCCGUCAAGAAAAACGCACCCUCACUGUCGUGCUCGGUAACGUCGUUAAUUUCAAUCCCGGUUUAUACCGGCUGAAACUUGACUUCUUGUACUACGAUACCGACAGUAACAAAACCGACACCGACGACCUUAAUAUCCUCUGGUCUCCAUCUCCAAAAAUUUCUUCAUCACAUCGGGAGCAUCACUCACUGGAUAUAUAUGAGAGGCCUGCGGAUUUGAUAAUUCCGAUAGCUGGAAAUGGAGAUGAAGGGCAUUGGUUCAAAAUCGAGAGUGAUUUCGAUGUGAAGUCCAUGGGAAUUCAAAUUCCAUCAAAUACAUACAAGGCUGUGAUUGAGGUUUAUGUUUCAUUUCACGGGGAUGACGAGUUUUGGUACUCAAAUCCCCCGGAUGCUUAUAUAAAACAGAACGAUUUGGAUACAAAGCGAGGCCAUGGCGCUUACCGGGAAGUUAUGGUGACCCUCGAUGAGAAUGUUUAUGGAUCAGUGGUCCCAUUCCCAGUGAUUUUCUCGGACGGGAUUAAUCCUCUGUUUUGGGAGCCAGUAGUUGCAAUUGGGGCGUUUAAUUUGCCUUCCUAUGAUUUUGAAUUGACCCCAUUUUUGGGGAUGUUACUUGAUGGGAAGGUGCAUAAUUUCGGGCUUAAAGUGGCUGAUGCUAUCUCGUUCUGGCUUGUGGAUGCGAAUUUACAUUUAUGGUUGGAUGAUAAUAUGAAAGAAGUUCAGGCUAUGGGCAUUGAAUACAGCCUUCCAAAUCUAAAAUUGGAGCGCGAAUCGAAGUUCCACGAGCUGGAUGGAACGUUCGAGAUUGAAGCGAAGAGGAAGAGUGAGUUUUCCGGGUGGGUGAAUUCGAGUAUAGGAAAUUUAACUACCAUUGUUUAUCAGAAGUUGAAUUUUGAGAACACGAUAGAGCUCGACAACUGUGGAACUGAGAAGGUUGUGAAGCAGGAAGUGAAGGUUAAACGAGAAGUAAGAGUCAAGUCUAGUAAAGGUGAUACGAUUUCGCGCACCAAUUUGGAGAGGAAGUUUCCCCUGAAAAUCACAACUAAGACUUUGGUUGGAUUAGUGAAGAAUACUUAUUUGAUGACCACAAAACUCGAGCAUUCCUUGAAAGAGGAGAAGUCGAAUGAGGAUUUAUCGAGCUCUUUGUCUACCCGUCAAGAAUGCACUGGGUGGGUGUUUGUCAAGGAUAAUGAUGUCCUCUCUGGUGCAGCAACUACUCAACAGAGGUACACUUACAAGGAUGAUAAUGGCUGCUACUCUAAGAGAGUUACAGCUACCGAUGGCGUGCUUUCGGACGACUCGUCGAGCCUCCUCUGUGCUUCGUCCUUGUGAUUCUGUUCAUGUAUCAACUGCAAACAAAAUGGCGUGAAAGUCCCUUUUUUUGCCCCCCCCCCCCCCUCUCCUAGACCUACCUGCAUAUUUUUUUAUUGCAAUAUUAGAAAGAUCUUGCUAGUAUCAGCGUUCGCGCGAAUAAUUGUGAUUCUGUUUAAAGGCUUGGAAUUCAAUAAUAAUAACAAUGCUUAUGUUAAUAUAUCUGUCCCUGGUUCUUCAGAUGGAAGUUCAUGUAUAUAUUGGCUCAAGUUCGAACUUA